AUGUUAUCUAACUUGCUCUGCAUUAUCAUUCACCACUUGUUGAAUAAAGAACAAGAAGAAAUGAUAGUAAAACCAAGUCUGAAAGCAAGCCAUGUUGGUGAUGGAGGAUGGGGACAAGGAAUGACACGAAGUCAACCUCUUCCUUUUCAUAGUUCACGUAACUGCCGACACAAACUCGAAGAACACGAACUUAAACUUCAAAUGCUUUCUUUCAAGCAAUCCUCUGCGUCUUACACAUUUGCAAAGAAGCAUUAA